UGCGGUCAUUUUCUGUUACGGAGCUUAACUCACCUUGACAGAGUUUCUUUUGGGGAACUGGACCGGCUCUGAAGGUGUAGGGCCGUGACAGCCUUUCUGUGGUUCACUUGAAUUAGCAAUGCUUUCUGUCAGGAUGCUGUGUUAGAUUUGUGUGGCAAGGAUGUGGGAGCGGAAGGGUUCACAAGGGUGGCCUCUGAGAGAAGCAGCCAGAACCUUUCCUCAUGUCUGACAGAGCCAAUGCCAGCUGACUCCAAACGGAUCGGCCACUGGCCAGGACCAAGCCCAUCAGUGAUGGUGGCACCACCUCGGGAUAACAAGUUUAAGAAGGUGAAAAACUGCUACAUUACAGCAGCCCAAGGAUAGAAGUGAGAACAUGAGAGACCAGCCCUGCAGAUACCAAGGUCCAGAAGGAGGGAGAGGGGACACUCCAGGUGCUGAAGCAGAGACUGCUUUGCAGCUUGUGGUUCUUAUGUGCUUGUGAGUACCUGCAUAUUCCAACUUACAGAGGUUUUCACUUCAAGUGGUCCAGCCCCUAUUGCCUACAGUUACCAUUUGCAGUCUCACAGAGUGUAAUUUAGUGUCAUAUGACAGAACCAAAAUGUUGGAUGACAUCAAGAAGCGAUUUGAAUUUCCUAAUGCAGUUGUUCAGUCACAGGCAGUGAGCCAUCUGAUUGCUGCAGUUCUGAAAGAAAAAGUUUCUUCAAAGACAAUCAGACAGGCUUCUGACCAGACUCCUGCUCUGAACCUGCUUUGGGAGAAGUGCUGCAGUGAGAAUGUUGCCUUGCGAACAGCCUGCUGUGAGGGCUUGGUGGCACUUGUGGUGGAGAAACAUGCUGAGCUUGACUAUGUUCUUCAUGGAGCUCUUGACCGAAUUCCCUCAGCAAGGAAUGUGCACGGUUUAGUAAAGACUAUUUGCAAGUUAAUACAAAUUCAAGCUGUUCACCUGGGAAAAGAUGAAGAUAAGUAUUUUUGGAAUCUGUAUGGAAUCAGGAACACUCCUCAUCCAUUAAUCACUGUUCUAGAAAACAGACCUGAUUGCUGGCCAGUUCUGCUACAGCAGAUAACCGUAUUUUUCCAUCAGUGUCCAGAGAGGGCAGAGGGUUCAUGUGUUCGCAUAAUGGCUUCAUUUCUAAGAUACCUGUAUUGUGAACCAUCCCAGUUACGGGAAUAUGCUGGACUGCGAAUGGGUUUACUAAAGAUCUUACUGCAGCCUCAUGGGCCAAAGAACAUAGAAGCACCCUCCAUGCUGGAAUGUGAGAUCCUUAAACUUCUGUGUGAUUUUAUUCCACACUUGCAGCUUAAAGACUUACUGCAAGUUACAGAAGCCUUGUUUUUCCUGCAAGAGCUGUUCCUCAGCCUACUACGCUAUCCUUUGUUUUGGGACAUUCAGUUAUCCCAGCUUAGUCUACAACUGUUAUGCUUCUGUGAAGUGUGUUUAAAUGUGACAGGAGAAUGCUCAUCUUUGAUCUCCCUAAUAGAAGACAACUUUGAGCUCCUAAAAGAGGUAUUUCCAGUGGACCAGUAUAUAAUUGGGCUAGCACUUCUACUGCUGCAAAUUCCAGAAAGUCAGCAAAAGUCUGUCUUGAGUCUAGCCUACAAGCUUCUUUCAUGUUCAGAAGCCCAGGACAUCUCAACCACAGCCCUUACUCUGGUGAUGCCUGUGCUACAGAUCUUAUCUUCUACAACAGUUGGAGACUGCUUAUCAGGGGAUGUUUCUGGAACUACUAGGCAGCAGCUGGCUGUAAAUCUUUUGGGAAUAUUAAAGGAGAAAGGUGUGAAAGAUAAACAGGAAUCGGUGCUCUGCAAACUCCUUUGCCCCAUAACCAGCUCUUACAGUUCACUGUAUACAACCUGGAAGAUCAUGGAGCUCAUGAAGGAGAAGUCUGCAGUUACUAAGUGGUUAUCUUCAGUGAAGUCACUACUACCUGUUAGCACUCAAGUACCUGCCCAUGUUUUUCUUUUGUUGGCUUAUCUGCUGAUUCAAGAAAAUGGAGAUAGUCUUCGUGAUGUACUCCAGGCUACAACAGAAAUAGCCAAGGCUGAUUGUUCUCAGGUCCCAAAUCUGAUCCCUGUUCUGAUAUUUAAAUUGGGAAGACCUUUGGAGCCUGCACUUUACAGGGAGAUAUUGUAUACUUUGCCUACACUUGGUGUACAUAAGGUUUGUGUAGCUCAGAUUCUACGUGCCAUACACAUGCUGGGGAGCACAGCUAAGCUCAGAGCAAUUGCCUCACGGCUGAUGACAUCAUUAUGGGAAAGACAGGACCGAAUUUAUCCAGAAUUGCAGAAGUUCUUGGCAAUGUCUGAUAUGCCCUCUGUGUCUGUUGACAAAGAUGCUCAAUGGGAAAAGCUGAUUGCUAAAGCUGCUUGUAUAAGAGAUAUAUGUAGGAUGAGACCAUACCAGCAUGGAGCAGACAUGUUGGCUGCAAUUUCUCAGGUAUUAAAUGAAUGCACAAAACCUGAUCAGGCUUCACCCGCUGCCAUAGUAUUACAGGGUCUACAGGCACUUUGUGAGGCUGAGGUUGUUUGCAUCCGUUCUACAUGGAAUGCUCUGUCACCAAAGCUGAGUUGUGAUACAAGACCACUCAUUUUAAAAGCACUGAAUGAAUUGUUUUCCCUGGUUCCCUCAUUAACAGUGAAUACAAAUGAAUUUGAGAAAUUCAAAGCUCAAGUUAUCAGCUUCCUUUGGAACAAUACACAGAAUGAGGAUGCCCUUGUAGCCAUUUCAGCCUAUAAAUCACUCUCAUCAUUUGGCUCUGAAGAACAUACAAUUCUUCAUCUUCCUGGACAGGCACGACCAGAAGUGGACUCAUUGGAAGAGAUAGACAUGAAUGAAGAUGAAGAGGAUCAGGAGGCAAAUCUGUUUGUUCCGGGUUCUUCAUAUAUCAAGCUGCUUUCUCUAACACCAUCUACUGUUUUAGGAGCAUUUGAAGAGUUUGCAACAUCACUUGUGAAACAAGAGAUGACUAACAUGCCGCGUGCUGUGUAUCAUUCUGCAUUAAGAGGAGGGACUGCACGCUUAGACCAGGGGAAGACAGUUGCAGGUGUUCCAAAUUUCUUGCUGAAAAUGUAUGAGAGGAACAAGCAACCAGGCAUGACACCAGGUCUUGCAGCUGGCAUGUUGCUGUGUUUCGACCUCCCAGUCCACAUGGGCAAGGACGGCAGGCCUAUUAAUCGAUUCCUGGCCAGCAGGGGCCGCAAUUUCCAGCAAAUGUUGGUCGCCCUCAUUCAUGAGGUUAAUAUUCAGCCUUCUGAAUGGCACCACUCCAUACUGCUGCCACAGACCUGGUUAGGAUUUAUGAAUCGAACCUACAGUGCAGUCCUGCAGGGGAGGCAGGCAGAGCUGGAGAUGCAGUUAAAACAUGGAAAAGAGGAUCCUGAUGAGGUACAAUACAAACAGUUUACGGCCUGGCUAUGGGUCAGAGAUAUGUUGACCGAUGUCAUCAAAGGUGCUUCCAAAGACAGCCCAGUGGUGAAAGGAAACUCUAUUUUUGCUUUAACUGGCCUUGCAGUUGCUGUAGCCAAAUACAAAAGCAGCCUUUCUUCAGACACUGAAGGGGUGCCUGAGACGGAACGUGAUUUUAUUCCUAUGAAACACUGGAUUUCCAUGGUCACGGAGACCCUCUUGAGUAUUGUGAAUAGCCGCUACCAGCCUAAAGGUCAGGUCUUCCCAUGGUUCUAUCAGAAAUCUUACUCAGGUGAAAAUACUGCUAGUAUUAUAGCUCGAUCCUGUGCAGCCACAGCUUUGUCUCUCCUGGUUCCAAUUUUCAUUGUGUCAUGCAAGGAGAAGAUUGAGGAGGUCUUGAGUAUGCUGACUGACAGGUUACCUGGGAAACCAAAUGCUGACGAGUCUCAAGCUGUUCAAAUCCACAUGGGUCUUGGUUUGGGGAUGUUCAUCUCACGUUUGUAUGAAGAAAAAGUCAGUGAUAUACCUGGUCAACAGAUGAACUUGGUUCUCAUGAAGUCCCUGGAUGUGUUGGAGGACUGCUGCUUUGACACUAGUCUGGAGUACAAUACUGGAUGUAUUUUAGGUGUAGGACUUGUUCUUUCAUUUAUGAGUCACAGUAGCCAAACAGAAUCACGUGUGCAUGUUUCUGCUUCAUUGCGAAAACUCUGCAAAUACCUGGACAGCAGUGAGGACCAAAGCAGAGGAGUCCAGGAGGUAGUUGCCUAUUCUGUGGCCUGUUCCUCUGUCUCUGCUUUCAGUGUGGGAAUCAUAGAAGCAGCUGAGGCUGAGAAGGCUAUGAGCAAGCUACGGACCUUAGCAGAAAAUAAUCAACAGACCUACAGUUUCGCUUUAGCUUUAGGUGCAAUAGUACAUGGAUUGUCAGCUUGUGGUCAUGGGAAAGCUGAAGAUCUGAGUAACAGACUAAUGCCAGCCUGGAUAAAAAUUGUGCUUGCAGAGGGUUCUCCAACAAUGGACCGUCUGGCUGCUGUCAGUGGGCUGGUUGCACUGGUGGGCUCUGAAGGAGGCAUGAUACAGCUGAAAUCUGAGGGCAUUCAGUCCUCACAGUUUCACAGUAAGCUGAAUGAAGUGAUCAGAACCCUUACACAGAUAAUUAGUUUGUCAGAGCAGAUUGGUCUUCAGACAAAUGCAGCAAGACUUCUGGGACGUCUUCACAUGUCCUGUUUGUCUUCUACGCAGAACAGGGCAUCUGUUCCUCCAGAUUUUAGCUACUUACCUGUAAACAGCUUUAUCAGGGCAGCCAUUGACUUUGCUAUUGAAAGUGGAAAGAAAGGCCCUGAAUCUGUCCCAGCUGAGUUGGUGAAGGUAGCACUGGCACCCAUUGCAUUAGUUGGAGAAAGCCAUCAGUAUCCACCUGUAAACUGGGCAUCCAUUCUUUCUCCUUUGAUGAGGCUGAACUUUGGUGAUGAUGUAAAACAUCUCUGCCUUGAACUGGCUGUGACACAGGCCCAGUCAUCUCAAAAUGCAGCAAUGCUUUUAGGGAUGUGGGUGGCACCUCCCCUUAUCUACAGUCUCAGUAUGAAAAGUCUGAAAUACCUUUUCAUGUCCCUGUCACUGUGGAUGCAACAUGUUGCAGAAGAUAAACUGCAAUCUUUUACUGAAGUGCUUCUGAUACAACAAUUUGAAGUGAAGAACCGGACAAAAAACCCAGAAAUUGUCCAGUGUGUUCUACAGGGGCUCAUCCAGGCAAUGAAACUUCCCAACCCAGCCCAGUUUUGCUGGAGCUUUUUGUGUCAAGCUGUGGAGAAAAUAUAUGAGCUUCUUCCAAAUGAGAUUCAGAGAGGUGAACUGGAGAUGUAUAUUGAUGUAGCAAGAUGUAUUUCAGAAAUGACUGAUUCAGAGAUCAAUCGCAUUCUCCAGGUCUCCAAGAACAAUAUAGAGAAGGCCACAUUUAUGAAAGUGUAUCUAGUUUCGCAAGGCAGAUUGUCUCUGACAAACUUGAGUGCUGUAAUUCAUACUGUGGCAGAAUAUCACCAGAAGGAAAAUAUUUUAUGGAUGUUCCUGCAUAGUUUCUAUCAUGCUCGCAUUGUGAGACAUGAAAAUACAGGAGUUCUGAAAAGAAUGGACUGGCUGUUAGACCUGAUGGGCUACAUUAGAAAUGUAGCAUACAAGUCAACACCCUUACAAAAUGUUGAUCUGAAAGAGUGCAUAGAUUUCCUCAUAUGGCUGUUUGCAGCUUCUGUUUUGGCCUGGGCUGACCAUGGUGCACCAUUACUCCUUGGCCUCAGUGCUGACUGGUCAUUGUGGAAACACCACAUGGUAUCGCCAGAAUUAUAUGAGGAACGCAUUGGCAAGCACCCUACUGACAAGUUUGCUGUACAAGAGACUCUCACUCUCCUUCCAAGUAGUCUUUCCCUUUUGCUGGGUAAAGAACCAUGGAAAGAACAAACACAGAAGUUUAUUGACUGGCUGAUCAAUAUGAUGGAAUGUCCUAAGGAAGCAUUAUCAGAAUCUUCCAAGGACCUGCUGAAAGUUACACUUUUGGCCUUGAGGUCUCUUGCAGAGUUCAAGAAGAAAGCAGUAUGGACUAAAGCUUAUGGGUGGUAGUGAAGAAAACUGUCCAUACUUGAAAACAUAAUAUUAUUACUCAGGCAUCAAGAAGCUAUAUUUCAAAGACAUUUCUAUUACAAGAUUUUUAAUUGGGUUUGGCUUUUUUUUUUACCGUUUUGCUUCAUACAAAAAUUCCUAUGAAAAGCAAUAUUUUGUCUUUAAGUAAUGUGUUAUUGUUUUACAAAUGUGCUGAAUCUAAAUGAGAAAUACACAUUCAGUUUCAAUUGAGUUGUUUCAGUGGCAUCUGGGAACCUCAAAAGCUGGAGUGGAAUAUUCUUCUAAUUCAUGGAAGCUUUGAAGGAAUGGCUGGAAAUAAAAUAAACUAGUAAAA